AUGGACUCCCCCAUCACCUCUGUGGAGUCCUAUCGUUUCCUGGGCACCACCAUCACCCAGGACCUCAAGUGGGAGCCGACCAUCAGCUCCCUCAUCAAGAAGGCCCAGCAGAGGAUGUACUUCCUGCGGCAGCUCAGGAAAGCCAAGCUGCCUGCACAGAUGUUGGUGCAGUUCUACACGGCCAUCAUCGAGUCCAUCCUCACCUCCUCCAUCACCGUGUGGUUCGCUGGAGCCACAGUCAGGGACAAACAGAGACUACAGCGCAUUGUGCGCUCUGCAGAGGAAGUGAUCGGCCGCAGCCUUCCAUCGCUGCAGGACCUGUGUACAUGCGGCCCUGGAUGGACAGGUGUGGACUGUGCCGUGGAUGUGGAUGAGUGUGAGUCGGACCCCUGUCUGAACGGAGCGCGGUGUCAGGAGUCACAUGUACCUGGAGAGUUCCACUGCACCUGUCCCCCGUUCUACCGCGGAGCCGUGUGCAGCCAGCCCUUCCAUCCCUGUGACCCCCCACACAACCCCUGCCAACACCACUCCACCUGCCUGACACGCUCCGAUGGAACGGCCGUGUGCAUCUGCUCAGCCGGAUUUGAAGGAAGUUGGUGUGAAAUCGACACCAAUGAAUGCACCUCAGAUCCGUGUCACAACGGUGGCUUCUGUGUGGAUGGGGUCAAUGGUUACAGAUGUGAAUGUAAGAUGGGAUUCUUUGGCCUUCAGUGUGAACAAGAUGUCGAUGAAUGUGCUUCCAACCCGUGUCAAAAUGGGGCUACCUGUCAAAACCUUGAAAACAUGUUCCUCUGCACUUGUGUCCCUGGUUACUUCGGGGUGUGCUGUGACUUGGAUGUGGAUGAGUGUGAAGUUUCACCUUGCCUUCACCAGGGCAUCUGUAUCAACAAGCCCGGGGCCUUCGAGUGCGUCUGUCGCCCUGGAUACUCAGGAGCGCGGUGCGAAGUUAACAUUGAUGAGUGUGUCUCCAAUCCAUGCCAAAACACUGGAAGAUGUAUUGAUGGCCAAAGUCAAUUCCACUGCUUGUGCUCUGAUGGCUUCAUUGGACUAAACUGUGAGAUCAACAUUGAUGAAUGUAUGUCAGCACCCUGUCUACAUGGAAGUUGUGUAGAUGGGAUCGGAAUGUUCUCCUGCUUGUGUGAACAGGGCUGGACAGGCAUCCGGUGUGAAGAGAACAUUGAUGACUGUGCUUUUAGCCCGUGCCAGAAUGGAGGCUCCUGUGUGGAUCUCAUUGAUAAAUUUGCAUGUUUCUGUCCGGAUGGUUUCUCGGGAAAGACAUGUGAAAAUGACAUUAAUAUGUGCACGGAGUCUGCUCACAACACCACACUGUGUUUCAAUAGCGGCACAUGUGUAGAUGGCAAAGGAUCAAACUUCACAUGCAGCUGUCCACCUGGUUUUACGGGUGAUUUCUGUGAAGUUGAUUUUAACGAAUGCUGCUCUGCUCCCUGUCACAACGGCGGCAUUUGCCAAGAUCUUAUUAAUAGCUACGUCUGCUACUGCAGGUCAGGUUGGACAGGCCUUCACUGUGAGGAUGACAUUAAUGAGUGCCUUCCUCAGCCCUGUGACCAGGGGAUAUGCAUUCAGAACGAUCCGGGCUAUGGCUACACCUGUUUCUGUCGUCCUGGAUUUGUGGGGAAAAACUGUGAGCACAACUAUGACGAUUGCCUGUUGAAUCCGUGUCCGGCAGCAUUUUCCUGUGUGGACGGAGUUAACGGGGUCAGCUGUGUGGCUCCUGCUUCAGAUACUGUUCCCAUGGAGACCACAGUCAACACCUCUUCCCCUUCGCAUCCGGCUGCUGCUCUGUCCCCGCGGUCCACAGCCAAUGUCAAGUAUUUUGGAGAUUCCUUCCUGGAGUUUGAUGGCAUUGAAAUGAAUCGUCUUAAUGAUAUUACUUUGAGAUUUCAAACACGUUCAUCUCAAGGAACUCUUUUGUAUAUGGAUCACGGACCUGCUAACAACCAGUUCUUUUUUAUCAAAGUCUUUAUUACUGAAGGGGUUUUGAAGUAUGCGUUCAACUGUCACAAAGAGGACGAGGUGACCCAGAUCAACACCGCGAUUCAAAUCAACGAUGACACAGCACACAUGGUGAACAUCAGGCAGCAUCUGAACCCUUGUGAAGCGGAGUUAACUCUGUCUGGUCACAGCACAAUAAAGAGUGCAGUGAGUAAUUAUUGGCCAGGGUCCAUGCUACAGAGAACAUAUCACAUCUUUGUAGGCGGCCUCCCAUUGAGAUACCCGCUCAAUCAGAAAGCGGAACACUUUGACAACUUCACUGGCUGCAUUGAAAUAAUUGAGAUCAAUAAUCGUAGGAGUUUUCUCACCUCGGACUCUAUUGCCAACAGCAACACAGGGGAAUGCAGAAACACAACUCAUCCAUCAGACACAAUUCUGCCAAGACUUGAUCCUUCCACCCACUCAUAUUUAAAUGAUAGCACAGUGACCAGAACAGAAAAAUCUUCUUCAGAUGAGGCUCCAGUCUGCUUUCAAGGUCUUUGCCAAAAUGGAGGGACAUGUUAUACGCAGCAUCAUUUCAACAAAUCCAUCCCUCUAUGCCUCUGCCCACUGCAUUUCACCGGACCUUUUUGUGAGAAAGAUGCCACUGUGUAUAUUCCCCGGUUUGAUGUUGACUCUUAUUUGGAGCUGCAGCCUCUUGUGUCUCUCCUGCGGUCCUCUGGUGACAGCUAUAAUCUCCCCACUACCAACAAGGACACCACUGUUAUUCUCCAACUGACACUGAAAACAAGAUCUACGCAAGGCACCAUUCUCUACACCCAGACUCUGAACUUUGGAGAGCAGUUUGUCCAUGUGUUUCUGGAGGAUGGGAGCCCUGUGGUGCAACUGAGCUGUGGCAGAAAUCAUGUUUUAAGUGUGGCAGCUGAGAAGAGCGUCAACACUGACAGAUGGGUCAGCCUUAUUAUCAGAUACAAUCUUCCUGUUGGCAAACAAGAUCGCUCAUGUAUGGUUGAAAUAGCAGUAGAUAAUGGCCCAGCACAGCAUCGAGAGGAAUAUGUCUCUCACCCCAUGUUGAAGGAAACCUUUGGACCCAUAUUUCUCGGGGCCCUCUCGGCCCACAGGGAAAUGCUUGGUGUUAGCGCGAAGAGAGCCAGGAGAUUCAUGGGAUGCAUCAGGGAAUUUUGGGUUAACUCUAAAGAGAUUUACCUGGUUGGUGAAGGCACCAUGGGGAGGAAUAUUAAGAACUGUGAGCCACUGGUGUGCCAGCUCCUUCCCUGCAGAAAUGGAGGAACCUGUGUCAGCUCAGCAGAGGACUGGUUUUGUGAGUGCCCCCCGCAGUAUACAGGGCGUCUGUGUCAGCUGAGCGCGUGUGAACACAGCCCAUGUGCUCACGGAGCGACCUGCAUCCCCACAUCUGCUCUGGAAGCAGUGUGCCUCUGCCCCUACGGACGAGAAGGGCUUCUGUGUGACCAGGUUGUCAACAUAACGCGCCCCAGAUUCAGCGGCAAUGACGAGUUUGGAUACACCUCCUUCAUGGCCUAUAGCUUCCUUCCCAGUCUGGCUUUCUUCUACGAGUUCAAACUUGAGUUCAUUCUGGCCAAUAAUUCAUCUGCCGUGAAAGACAACCUGAUCCUUUAUGCUGGAUAUAAAGGACAAGGUAACCACGGCGAUGACUUCCUGGCCCUGGGGAUCAAGAGCGGCAGAGUUGUGCACAGAUUUAACCUGGGUUCCGGAGUGGCCACCAUCGUCAGCGACCGACUGGACCAGAGCCUGCCCGUUCACACUGUGAUGUUUGGCAGGGCAAAAAGGAUCGGCUGGCUCAAGGUUGACGGACAGCGCAAUCGGACCGGCUCGUCGCGGGGCCCCCUGGUGGGACUGAAUGUUUUCAAUCAGCUCUUUGUGGGCGGGUAUAAUGAGUACACCCCUGAACUGCUGCCGCUUGGCUCCAGGUUCCGUCAUGGCUUUCAAGGGUGCAUAUUUGAUGUACUAUUUCGCACUGGAGUCGACCGAAAGUUGGGUGCGUUGGGAUCGCCGCGGGGGCCAUCCUCCUUCGGGCGCAGCGUGGGUCAGUGCGGGGUCACGCCUUGUUCCCAUGUUCUCUGCGGAAACGGCGGCACGUGCAUGGACUCGGGCUCAUCAGUGUAUUGCCAGUGCCCGUUUGGCUGGAAGGGGGCGCUGUGCACAGAGACUGUGUCAGUGUGUGAUGUGGAGCACCGACCCCCUCCUCUCUGCGCCCCCCGCUCCACGUGCAUCCCUCUCCCUCACGGAUACACCUGCAACUGCCCCCUGGGGACCGCGGGCCUCUACUGCGACAAAGCUGUGACCAUCACGGAUCCAUUCUUCAGCGGGAACCAUUCCUCGUGGAUGUCCUUCGCCCCUCUGAGACUGAGGCACAGCACUGUCCUGGAGCUGCAGUUCCAGCCUUUGGCACUAGAUGGCAUCCUCGUCUACACAGCUCAGCAUCUCAAUACAAGAGCAGGAGACUUCUUCUGUCUGUCGCUGACUUCGGGCCACGUCCAGCUGAGCUACGAUCUGGGAGAUGGUACGCACAUCCUCCGGUCUGCUGGCCGAGUGGACCCCAGCGGGAGAGUCUGGCACAGGGUGAAGGCAGGAAGGAUCGGCUCUCGCGGCUUCCUCAGUCUGGAUGACGAGGAGAUCACACAGAACCCCACGGCUCGCCGCAUGACCACCCUGGACGUUGAAACUGACUUAUUUGCCGGAGGGGUCUCUAGUUUAAGCUCUGUUUCGUCUGAUGCAACUGAAGGAGCGCCAGUGGGGUUCACAGGCGGUUUGAGGGAGCUUAUUGUUAAUGGUCUGGACUUGGACUUGUCCGAGAGGGGGGCUGUGAGUGGGGAAAAUGUGGGGGACUGGGAUGGUACGGCGUGUGGGUACAAAGUGUGCCAAAACCAGGGGCGAUGUAGUCCAAUCGGCACGGACUCUUUCAUGUGUGUGUGCCCGCCUGCCUGGACGGGGCCUCUGUGUGACCAGUCUGUGGGGAUGGACAGGGAGAUUCUGUGA